AUUUCAGUCGACAAUUUUUUUGUAAUACGAAAUAAAUUUUUUGCUAAACUCUUUUAAUUAAAUUAAGUGUUUUUCAAUGCCUAAAAAGUAUUUUUAACAACAAAAAAAUCAAAAUAUGACAAGUGUAUGGAAAUAUUUGGUGCUGUUUUGCGUUUUCAUUCCUGUAUUUAGAGCUUUAAAUUCAAAUGAUAUUUUAAUCAUUGUGUCAUACGAUGCCUUUAGAAAUGAAUAUUUUGACAGAGGUGUGACAAACUUUACAAAUGAACUUCGGAAAAAUUCUACAAGAUCAAAAUUUAUGCGAAAUAUUUUUCCAACAAAGACAUUUCCAAAUCAUCAUUCGAUAGCCACAGGCGUUUAUUCAGAUGAUCAUGGCGUGACAGGAAAUGAGUUUUAUGAUUUUGAACUAGAAAAGCCUUUCAAUUAUUCUUAUGAAAUGUUCCACUAUCGAUCAGAGAUUGUACCCAUAUGGAUAUUAAAUGAAGUAUCUGGAGGGAAUAGUGGUUGCAUGAUGUGGCCUGGAAGUGAUUAUUUAUACAAUGGCAUUUCCUGUACACAUAAACAACAUUUUAAUAUGUCUGAAAAUUUGCAUGAGAGAGUUGAUCAAGUGAUGGGAUGGAUAACAAAUAAAACAUCACCAGCUAAUCUUGUUAUGCUUUAUAUUGAAGACCCUGACAAUCAUGCACACGCCUUUGGCCCUGAAUCACAACAAAUCACCGAUUUAGUUGGCAAGCUUGAUAAAAUGACAGAAUAUCUUUACAAAAAGAUAAAAGAGAAAAGUUUAGAAAGUCGAGUGAGUGUCGUGCAUCUUAGUGACCACGGAAUGGACAGCUUACAACUCACGAAUGUCGUUGACUUGACAAAAAUAAUUAAACAUAAAGUUUCAUAUUAUGGAAAUACACCAGUUAUGCAAAUUGUGCCUGUAAAUUCUUCAGAACUUGAUGAAAUUUACAAGGAACUUAAAGAAGCUUCAGAGUCUACACAAAAGUUCAAAGUUUACCUGAAUAGUGAAUUACCAGAUCGCUGGCACUUCCACAAUAAAUAUCGAGUAGGUCCAAUCACAAUUGUUGCUGAAUUAAAGUAUGGAUUUCAUGACAUGAUUGAUGCCGCAAAAUGGUAUGAAAAAGCAUUCAAUAUAACAUUUAAUAUGACAAAUAAGUACGGCGUUCAUGGAUAUGACAAUGCACUAGAAUCUAUGCAUCCAAUAUUCUUUGCCUACGGAAGUAGAAUCAAAAGUUUCAACGAAGUUGAGCCAUUUGAUACUGUGGAUUUAUAUUACCUGUUUUGUGAGAUUCUCGGACUUCCAGUUCCUGAUUAUUUGAAGGGGAAUCGAGAUAAUGUGAUGGGUAUUUUGAAGUCGGAAGAUGGUGCAAGGAGGAUGAACAGAUGGGUUGUUUUAAGUGCUUCAAUCAUUCUCUCAUCAAUGCUCGUGUCUGUUCUAAUGAUAUUCAUGAAAAUAUGGAGAAGAAAUCGUUCAAACAUCCCAAGCUACUUAUAUGAAGAAGAUACAACAGUACUAGAUGACACCAAAAUUCUCAAUUCAACAAGUCAACCUCCAACACUAUCAACUCCACUAGCAACAUCAUCAACACGUUUCAAUGCGUUUUAAUGCUCACAGAACUUCUGUUUAGAUAAAAAAAAGACUUAUUAAUAUUUUCGUUGUGAUAAGAAAGGAGUCGAAUGUGAAUGAAAGAUUUAGUUCAAUGUCCUUGUUUAUGAAAUCGUCCUUAAAGAAAGUUAAAUUAUAUUGUAUUUUUUUUACUGAUUAACUGUACCUUAUUCAUCAAGAAAAUGGAGAAAAAGUUAAUUAAAUAAAUGAGAUCGUUUUACUAUAA